GGCGCCCGCUCGGGGCAGGGCGGCAGCGAGCGCUGUGCGGCUCGGUUCGGUAGGGCGCCGUAGGCAGAGCCGCACCACACGCAGUGGUAGUUAAAUAAGAAGGAAGAAAUAACACCUGUUAUUUACCUUCCGCAAAUGCUUUGCCUAGGCUCGUGAGUUCCCUCUAAUGCACUUGGCUUGUUUUUGGACAAAUCUUUUAUUCUCUUCUGAAGUCAGUAGAACAUGCAUGGCUGUCCCUAGUAACUGUCUGGAUUCUAAAGAAGAAAAGAUGGAAGACGUCAUAGCCCGCAUGCAAGAUGAGAAAAAUGGAAUUCCUAUUCGUACAGUCAAAAGUUUUCUUUCCAAGAUCCCCAGUGUCUUUUCUGGUUCAGACAUUGUUCAAUGGUUAACGAAGAACUUAUCUAUAGAAGACCCAGUGGAAGCUCUACAUUUGGGAACAUUGAUGGCUGCACAUGGCUAUUUCUUUCCAAUCUCAGACCAUGUUCUAACACUAAAGGAUGAUGGAACUUUUUAUCGAUUCCAGACGCCCUAUUUUUGGCCAUCUAAUUGUUGGGAGCCGGAAAACACAGACUAUGCUGUUUACCUCUGCAAGCGGACAAUGCAAAACAAAGCAAGGCUAGAGCUAGCAGACUAUGAAGCUGAGAGUUUGGCCAGGCUACAGCGAGCGUUUGCUCGGAAAUGGGAGUUUAUUUUUAUGCAAGCUGAAGCACAAGCAAAAGUGGACAAGAAAAGAGACAAGAUAGAAAGGAAGAUUCUUGACAGUCAGGAGCGAGCCUUCUGGGAUGUCCACAGGCCGGUGCCUGGAUGUGUAAACACUACUGAAGUGGAUAUAAAAAAGUCUUCAAGAAUGAGAAAUCCACAUAAAACGAGAAAGUCUGUCUAUGGCUUACAAAAUGACAUUCGAAGUCACAGCCCUACUCACACACCAGUACCAGAGACUAAGCCACCCACAGAAGAUGAACUGCACCAAGAGAUUAAGCACUGGCAGAUGCAAUUAGACAGACAUCGAUUAAAAAUGUCAAAAGUUGCAGAGAGCUUAUUAGCUUAUACAGAGCAGUAUUUGGAAUAUGAUCCUUUUCUUGUGCCCCCUGAUCCCUCAAAUCCAUGGAUAUCAGAUGACACUACUUUCUGGGAACUGGAGGCAAGCAAAGAGCCAGGACAGCAGAGGGUAAAGCGAUGGGGGUUUGGCAUGGAUGAAGCUUUGAAAGACCCCGUGGGAAGAGAGCAGUUUCUUAAAUUCCUGGAGUCAGAAUUCAGUUCAGAAAAUUUAAGGUUCUGGUUAGCUGUAGAAGACCUGAAGAAGAGGCCUAUUCGUGAAGUUCCUGCUCGUGUCCAGGAAAUCUGGCAAGAAUUUCUUGCUCCGGGUGCUCCCAGUGCCAUCAAUCUAGAUUCAAAAAGUUAUGACAAAACAACGCAGAAUGUAAAGGACCCUGGAAGAUACACAUUUGAAGAUGCUCAGGAGCAUAUUUACAAACUGAUGAAAAGUGAUUCUUAUCCUCGUUUUAUACGAUCCAGUGCCUACCAGGAGCUGCUACAGGCCAAGAAAAAGUUGGAAAACACACUGGAUCGUCGAACAUCUUUUGAGAAAUUCACACGCAAUGUGGCAUUACAGACUCCGAGGGACUCUCUAGCCUUUCGAUGCCUCCAUUUCGAAAACUGUCUGCUCACUUCCUCCUUCAUAUCAAGCUGGAUCUGUGUCUUUUUAUUUUCUGCAAGCUCAAGUACAGUGAAAAAAAAGCUUCUGCUAGACACAGUUUAUUAAAAAAAUACGUCAAUCAAAAACUGGAAGAAAUGUAAAAAAAUGCAUAUAUUAAUAAAUAUACAUGUGGCAUCACAUUUAUUGCACAAUAAAUUAGCACAGAAGGUUUCAUUUCACUGAUGUAUUCACAUUGAGAAAGAAAGCCUGUGUCUUUGUCUGUUGUCUGUAUAUUCUCUGUUAAUGUUUCUUGCAUUUAUUUUUAUACCAUAUUUAAAAAAGAACACCUUUUACUCCAGAUGUAUUAAAGUUGAUCCUUUCUCUGUAAAUUUGUGUAUGUUUAUAUUGUUGUUUUAUCUUUCAUUAAAAGAUGCAGAAUCUC